UAUCAACCCACCUUGAAAGCAAACCACUUGUGGUUAACAAUCAAUAAAUCAAUCAUCAUCUCCUUUUUCAUAUCAACUGAAAAAGUUUGAAUCUUUUUUAUUAUCAAUUCAAGAAAGAAAGAUGGCGUCAGGAAGCAGAACAAGCUCUAGGGCGUGGGUCCAUCCCCAAGAAAACCCACAACAGCAACCUUCGACAAGUGCUGCUGCUGCCGCUGCCGGUAAUAAGGUUGAUUCGAUGAGUAAAGCCAUCGCGCAAUAUGCCCUUGAUGCUAAAUUACAUGCUGUUUAUGAACAAUCUGGUGGAUCUGGUAAGUCUUUUCACUACUCCGAAUCCCUGAAAACUUCAAAUAAUAAUAAUAGUAAAAAUAAUCAUGAUGAUUCUUCUGUUGCCGAACAACAAAUGACUGCUUAUCUAUCCAAGAUUCAGAGAGGUGGCCAUAUCCAGCCUUUUGGCUGUAUGAUUGCUAUUGACAAUUCCACCUUUAAAGUUAUUGCCUAUAGUGAAAAUGCCAGGGAAAGAUUAGGUUUAGCUCCCCAGUCUGUUCCUAGCCUUGAAAAACCCGAAAUCCUGACUAUUGGGACUGAUGUCAAGACUCUUUUUACCCCUUCUAGUGCCGUUUUGCUUGAUAGGGCCUUUCGCGCUCGCGAAAUUACUCUCUUGAACCCUGUUUGGGUUCAUUCCAAGAACUCUGGUAAACCCUUUUAUGCCAUUUUGCAUAGGAUUGAUGUGGGUAUAGUUAUCGAUCUGGAACCUGCUAGAACCGAGGACCCUGCUUUGUCCAUUGCUGGGGCUGUUCAGUCUCAGAAACUUGCGGUUCGGGCUAUCUCAAAUUUACAAGCUUUGCCUGGUGGUGAUAUCAAGCUUUUGUGUGAUACUGUUGUGCAAAAUGUGAGGGAGCUUACGGGGUAUGAUAGGGUGAUGGUAUAUAAGUUUCACGAAGACGAACAUGGUGAAGUUGUGGCUGAAAGCAAAAGGGCUGAUUUGGAUCCUUAUAUCGGGUUACAUUACCCUGCAACUGAUAUUCCACAGGCUUCAAGAUUCCUGUUUAGGCAGAAUCGUGUUAGGAUGAUUGUCGAUUGUUAUGCUACCUCCGUCCGUGUUAUCCAAGAUGAUGCAUUGAUGCAGCCUUUGUGUUUGGUGGGUUCUACCCUUCGAGCCCCUCAUGGUUGUCAUUCUCAGUACAUGGCUAACAUGGGCUCAAUAGCAUCCUUAGCCAUGGCUGUUAUCAUAAAUGGAAAUGAGGAUGGUCCUGGAGGAAGAGGUACAAUGGGGUUAUGGGGGUUAGUGGUUUGUCAUCAUACGUCUGCUCGGUGCAUCCCCUUUCCUCUACGUUAUGCUUGUGAAUUCUUAAUGCAAGCGUUCGGACUCCAACUAAACUUAGAGCUACAGUUGGCUUCACAAAUGUCGGAAAAACGUAUUCUAAGGACACAGACUUUGUUAUGUGAUAUGAUCCUUCGAGAUUCACCUACAGGUAUUGUGACUCAAAGUCCUAGCAUCAUGGAUCUCGUGAAAUGUGAUGGGGCAGCACUUUACUACCAAGGAAAGUACUAUCCGCUAGGCAUCACGCCUACUGAAUCACAAAUUAAAGAUAUUGUUGAGUGGUUAUUAGCCUGUCAUACAGAUUCAACUGGUUUAAGCACCGAUAGUUUAGCUGAUGCAGGCUACCCUGGUGCAGCUUCACUUGGUGAUGCGGUUUGUGGGAUGGCUGUUGCGUAUAUUACUACUAAAGAUUUCUUGUUUUGGUUUCGAUCCCACACUGCAAAAGAGAUUAAAUGGGGCGGAGCUAAGCAUCAUCCAGAAGAUAAAGACGAUGGGCAGAGAAUGCAUCCACGUUCUUCGUUCAAUGCGUUUUUAGAAGUUGUAAAAAGCAGAAGUUCACCGUGGGAAAAUGCAGAAAUGGACGCAAUUCAUUCUUUACAGCUUAUUCUAAGAGAUUCCUUUAAAGAUGCCGAUGAAAGCAAUUCAAAAGCUGUUAUUAAGGUUCAAAUUGAAGAAAUGGGGUUGCAAGGGAUGGAUGAACUCAGCUCGGUUGCAAAAGAGAUGGUUAGAUUAAUUGAGACUGCAACCGCCCCUAUAUUUGCUGUAGAUGCCGAGGGUCGAAUAAAUGGGUGGAAUGCAAAGAUUGCAGAAUUAACGGGUCUAUCGGUUACUGAAGCCAUGGGGAUGUCCCUGGUUCAAGAUCUCAUCUAUGAGGAAUCAAAAGAAACUGUUGUCAAGCUUCUUCGUCAUGCUUUGCUUGGUGAAGAAGAUAAGAAUGUGGAGAUCAAACUAAGAACAUUCAAUUUGUCACCAGAAGACGAUGCAAUUUUUGUGGUGGUUAAUGCUUGUUCUAGCAAAGAUUAUAUGGAUAAUAUUGUUGGAGUAUGUUUUGUUGGUCAAGAUGUUACAAAGCAGAAAGUCGCAAUGGACAAAUUUGUUCAAAUACAAGGUGAUUACAAGGCCAUUAUUCAUAGUCCAAACGCUUUAAUUCCACCUAUUUUUGCCUCGGAUGAGAACACAUGUUGCUCCGAGUGGAACACUGCCAUGGAGAAACUGACGGGGUGGGAUCGUGAAGACGUAAUCGGGAAAAUGUUGCUUGGGGAGAUUUUUGGAAGUUGUUGCCGUUUGAAGGGUCCCGAUUCUUUGACAAAAUUAAUGAUCAUUUUGCACAACGCAAUUGGAGGGCUGGAUGCCGAUAAGCAUCCCUUUUCGUUCUUUGAUAAACAUGGCAAAUAUGUGCAAGCUUUAUUGACGGCAAAUAAAAGGGUUAAUUUGGCUGGUGAGGUUAUGGGAGCAUUUUGUUUCUUGCAGAUUGCAAGCCCGGAAUUGCAGCAAGCUCUGAAAGUACAACGUCAACAGGAAUAUAAAUGUUUUGAGAGGAUGAAAGAGUUGGCGUACAUAUGCCAUGAGAUCAAGAAUCCGCUAAGUGGCAUUCGGUUUGCUAAUUCUCUUUUGGAAGCAACGGAUCUAACUGAAGAUCAGAAGCAGUUGCUGGAAACAAGCGCCGCCUGUGAGAAACAGAUGUUAAAAAUAAUAAAAGAUGUUGAUAUGGAGAACAUUCAAGAGGGUCACUUGGAACUCGAAAAACAUGACUUUCUACUUGGGAAUGUCAUCGAUGCUGUGGUUAGCCAGGUGAUGUUAAUUCUGAGGGAACGAGGCGUACAACUGAUCCGGGAUAUUCCUGAGGAAGUCAAAACUUUGGCUGUCUAUGGCGAUCAAACUAGAGUUCAACAAGUUUUGACCAAUUUCUUGAUGAACAUGGUUCGCCAUUCACCCUCACCUAAUGGUUGGGUAGAAAUUCAAGUUCGACCUACUUUGAAUCAGAUUUUUGAUGGAAAGACUAAUGUGCAUACCGAGUUUAGGAUGGUGUGCCCAGGUAAUGGUCUUCCACCCGAGCUAGUUCAAGACAUGUUCCAUAGCAGUCAAUGGAGCACCGAUGAAGGUUUGGGACUAAGCAUGUGUCGGAAAAUACUAAAGCUUAUGAAUGGGGACGUCCAAUAUAUCAGAGAAUCUGAACGUUGCUUCUUCCAUAUUGUGCUUGAACUACCUCUUCCUAACAGAACAUAAACCUAUGACAGCCGACUCUCCGAUCCUUGACCCAAUAUCCGCGAAAACUCGUUCAUGUACGAAUAAAGGAUGUUUUUGGGCUUGUUAAGUGUUAUUUAAAUGGAUCAUUAGGUUAGCAUAAGAAGGGUAGUGGCUCAUUGUUGUCUUUACAGAGUACAUGUAAUUGUGGGCAGAUAUGUUUCUGUUGGUUGCAAACUGAUACAAUAUCAACUGCUACCGUGAUGUUCAAAGUUGUUCUUGGGUAGGUCAUAAUCCAUACAUCACUUCUGCAGCUCGGUUCCUGUACAGUGUUUGAUUCCCAUUAUUUUAACCAAGUAUCUGUUGAUUUCUUGUUUUGAA